UUUAUUUGUGUUCCAAAUUUAUGUGUUUUUUUGUGCAAUGUCUAUGGGCUAAGAACAUCCCAAAGUUUUGCAUUAACUAUAAAUUUCAAAAUUUUUAGUGAAUGAUGCAAAACGUUUGGAUAUUAGUGUGCGAUUUUAUUGUUAAAUUUUCGAUGAAUUUCAUAAAUUUUUAAAACUAUAUUCCAUCAAGUUCGCAAUUAAUUCAUCACAGACUAUCCAAGAUGUGUGCGAGUUGCCAGAAUCGUCCGAGUAGAACACAAUUAUCACAACAACAGCAUAUUGCAAGGAUUCGUACAAAAUGCAAUCCAGAAGGUGUUCUGCACGAACGUCGACAAAUAAAUGCACAAAGGCCCAGACCUCCUCCACAGGCACCAAUACAAAGACGUCGACCAUGUCCACAAAUUACAUCUAAUCGCCCACAGUUACCUGCGUUAGGGCCUCCGUGUGAUCCAUGCAGUGCAGGCGUUCCAGAUAUGGGUGGAAUGUCUUCUUCUCCGGAUUUUGAAUGUGAUCCAUGUAGAGCAGACACUCCAGUUAUGAGUAGAACGCAACCUGAGUGCAAUAUGAAUUUUCAAGGAGAACCAGAAAUGAUUCAAACGCCUAGUACUCGAGAACCAGAGUGUGAUGCAAGUUCUUUCGGCGUAGCAGAACUGUUUAAUAUGCAGUGUGAUGAUAUGAACCAGGCCCCAAGUGGUAAUAGGCGAAUGAGGUAUUGCUGUCAGAGACCAGAAGAAGUCGGCGAACCACCAAGAAGUGCUUCAGUUGGAUGUAUGUCUCCAGGAAUGGGACUUCAAAGAUCUGCUUCCUUAUCAAUGUCACAGAGAGGUUCUGUGCCCUGUGGAUCGGAACAAUCUUCAAGUCCGAUGAGUUCUCAAUCAGAAUGUAAAGAUUCUCUGGGUAUCUUUAGUACUGAUUAUGAUGAUUUCGACCCAAGGGCACAUGGAACAGAGAGAGAUUCUAUGCCCUGUGGACCGGCACAACCUUCAAGUCCGAUGUUAAGUCCUCAAGCAGAAAUUUAUACACCCAGUCAAAAGUGCGCAAACGAAUCCGAGUACCAACGAAGACAACAAGGCAACCAGCUGCAAAUCGCAAAUAUGGAGAGAAUGCGGCAAACACAUGUACAGAAUGUAAGACGCAGAAAAGGACGAAAGAAGCCUUGCGCACCGUGUCAAACCACACCGUCGUUGCAACAAGCAAAUAUGGAGCCUGCGCGGAGAAGAAGAGGUAUGAGACGAGGAUGUGAAGGGAGACAGGGAGCUGAAACGCCUUCCGGACGGCCUAGAGGAAUGCGAGGUUCUAGACAAGGAUUUGCUGAGAGAAUGGAAGCUGAAUCCCCUGUAUCUUCGAGAGGUUCUUUGCCCUGUGGAUCGGAACAAACUUCAAGUCCGAUGAUGAGUUCAGAUUGUCAAGAUUCUCUGGGUUUGUUUAGUACUGAUUAUGAUGAUUUCGCGCCAAGGGCAUAUGGAACAGAUAAUGCUCUUGUGCCCUAUAGACCGGAACAAACUUCAAGUCCGAUGAUGAGUUCAGAUUGUCAAGAUUCUCUGGGUUUGUUUAGUACUGAUUAUGAUGAUUUCGCGCCAAGGGCACAUGGAACAGAUAAUGCUCUUGUGCCCUAUAGACCGGAACAAACUUCAAGUCCGAUGAUGAGUUCAGAUUGUCAAGAUUCUCUGGGUUUGUUUAGUACUGAUUAUGAUGAUUUCGCGCCAAGGGCACAUGGAACAGAUAAUGCUCUUGUGCCCUAUAGACCGGAACAAACUUCAAGUCCGAUGAUGAGUUCAGAUUGUCAAGAUUCUCCGGGUUUCUUUAGUACUGAUUAUGAUGAUUUCGCGCCAAGGGCACAUGGAACAGAUAGAGAUUCUAUGCCCUGUGGACCGGCACAACCUUCAAGUCCGAUGUUAAGUCCUCAAGCAGAAAUUUAUACACCCAGUCAAAAGUGCGGAAGCGAAUCCGCGUACCAACGAAGGCAACAAGGCAACCAGCUGCAAAUGGCAAAUAUGGAGAGAAUGCGGCAAGCACAUGUACAGAAUGUAAGAGGCAGAAAAGGAGGACAGUCGUCUUGCUCACCGGAGCAAGCAAGAGCAGAUUCAAUGGAUUAUUCAACUGACGAAUCAGAUUGUAUUGUGUAUGAUGACCCAGAUUAUACUACAGACGUAGAAGACGUAAGCAGAUUGAAUUGGUCUGCUGAGCUGAUGAAUGAAAAAUUGCGAAGAAAACCAGAGUUACGAAAAGGGAUGGGACCUGAACGUCCUCCUCAACCUGCACCUUGUUCUCCUGGGGCACAAGAACGAAAAGACCGGGAAGAUCGGGAGUACGUAGCGAAAUGUAUGUUUGGAGUUAAAGAAGUAGAAAACAUACAAAAUCUGAAUUUAUCGAGUUCACCACAAAGACCACAGGAAGAGGAUUUACCGUGGGGUUUAACUAGUAGAGCUGAGAGAGUAUGUGGUAGAAAAGGAUCCAACAAGCGAGUGUUUAAUGUACCAAGGCGCUGGAAAUAUCGGAGGCCCCCUUCAUCACCGAUGUGCGGAGUACCACUACCGGGCCGCGGACCAGCAGCUUCAACACCGCAAGAAUUUACAUCACCUCCGGCAAGAAGCAGUGGCCCAUCACCAUGUCCAUCACCGUGCCCGCCAUCGCCAGCAUCACCGUGUCCAUCAGCGGCUGCCGCACCGUGUCCAUCAUCAGCUCAAGGAGCGGUUGGUGGCCGACCACUUACAUCACCGCAAUUUCCAAGCUCAUGGGAAGUAUCAUCUGGUGAUUUUUUUUACUCAAAUCCAAUUGAUUCCGAUGCAAGUCAAUCCGAUUACAAUCUUGGACCACAAGCAAGCGCGGACGAUGAGUGUGAAGAUUCCUUGGAUUUCUCUAAUAUUGGUUAUGACGAUUUCGCCCCAGGGGAACAUGGAACAUUUGCAGAAGAGGACCCAUGUCAUACUACAGACGUAGAAGACGUAAGCAGAUUGAAUUGGUCUGAUGAGCUGAUGAAUGAAAAAUUGCGAAGAAAACCAGAGUUACGAAAAGGGAUGGGACCUGAACGUCCUCCUCAACCUGCACCUUGUUCUCCAGGGGCACAAGAACGAAAAGACCGGGAAGAUCGGGAGUACGUAGCGAAAUGUAUGUUUGGAGUUAAAGAAGUAGGAAACAUACAAAAUCUGAAUUUAUCGAGUUCACCACAAAGACCACAGGAAGAGGAUUUACCGUGGGGUUUAACUAGUAGAGCUGAGAGAGUAUGUGGUAGAAAAGGAUCCAACAAGCGAGUGUUUAAUGUACCAAGGCGCUGGAAAUAUCGGAGGCCCCCUUCAUCACCGAUGUGCGGAGUACCACUACCGGGCCGCGGACCAGCAGCUUCAACACCGCAAGAAUUUACAUCACCUCCGGCAAGAAGCAGUGGCCCAUCACCAUGUCCAUCACCGUGCCCGCCAUCGCCAGCAUCACCGUGUCCAUCAGCGGCUGCCGCACCGUGUCCAUCAUCAGCUCAAGGAGCGGUUGGUGGCCGACCACUUACAUCACCGCAAUUUCCAAGCUCAUGGGAAGUAUCAUCUGGUGAUUUUUUUUACUCAAAUCCAAUUGAUUCCGAUGCAAGUCAAUCCGAUUACAAUCUUGGACCACAAGCAAGCGCGGACGAUGAGUGUGAAGAUUCCUUGGAUUUCUCUAAUAUUGGUUAUGACGAUUUCGACCCAGGGGAACAUGGAACAUUUGCAGAAGAGCAAUUUUCAAGUGCAGAUAGUGGAGGAUAUGAUCAACCUUUACCGGAGUGUCCAUUUGGUGAAUUUUCAAGUGCAGAUAGUGGCGCAUUAGAAGGGGAUAUAACCGGAUUCGUAGACUUAAGCCAACAUCAUCAUGUCCCAGAUAGAUCAAGCGCUUUUGCAGAUCCAUCAAUUCCUGAUUUCAAUCAAUUUCCAGAUUCAACAGCAGAAUCUUCUGGACUUAGUCAAUACGCAGACUCAACAUGUCCAUCAGGUGCUUUUGGAAUGGAUCAAUUCCCAGACUCGCCGUGUCCGGCGCAACCUUAUGGAAUGGGUCAAUUUUCAGAUGCAAGUUGCCCUAUUCCAGCAUCAUUUGGAGCUUCUGAUUGCGAUGACCUGCCUGAUUUGACUGAGGAAAUUUCGAGAGCUUCAUCAGACUAUGGACAAUCAAGCUAUGAUUGUUCUGAUGAAUCAAUGGGAUAUGCGUCUUCCUUUGGUAGCGCCGCGGGCUUCGGACCAACAAUGAGUAACCCUUGCGGUGGUGCAUUUAUGGGACAAGAUGAUGAAUCCAUGUGGCAAGAGCGUCCUCCAAAGACGGCUGAACAAGAAGAUCUGGAGUUCGAGGCUAAACAUUUUUAUGGAGUUCAAGAAGUCUCCGAUGCUGAUGUAUCGAAGCUACCAAUAUGUCUAUCGCCUACGCCUGAAAGACCUGCAUAUCUACCAAGUGAUAUAACUCAAAGAGCACAUCAAUGUCAACGUCAUGCGAGGACUAACAGGCGUCUGUUCUAUGUACCGGAGGAUUGGAAUAUACCAAGGGAAGAUAGCAGCUGUGACUUAGGAGGGCCUCUAUAUAGUCCUCCUCAUAAAGCGAUAGAAGGCCCAUGUCCUCAACGACGAGCGCCACCACGUCGAGCCCCUCCUCAGCGACGAGCGCCAGCAGCUCGACCGUGCCCACCACAACGUGGUCAACCACGUGCUCCACCACCUCAACGACGAGCGCCAGCAGCUCGACCGUGCCCUCCUCAACAACGAGCACCACCACCUCGUCCAUGCCCUCAACCACGUCCUCCACCACAGCGUCGAGCGCCACCACCACGACCAUGUCCUCCUCCACGUGCUCAACCACGUCCUCAACAACGAGCACCGCCAUCUCGACCAUGUCCUCCACGUGCGCAACAACGUCCUCAACAACGAGCACAACCAUGUCCCCCGCAGCGUGCUCAACCACGUCCUGCUCAACGUGCUCCACCAUGUCCUCAACAACGUCCUCCUGCUCAACGUAAUCCACUACCUCCUAGAAUUAGGAUCGAAAAUGUUGACAGUUCAAUGGAUUCACCUCAACCAUGUCCGCGUCCAAGAGCUCCACCACGCAUUCCACAACGUCAACGCCCUCAACCACGUAAUCAACCAUGUCCGCGACCAGCACUAUUUAAGACUGCAUCUGCUCAACAACCGUGUCCACAUGCCGCUGCCGGAGGAUCUAACAUGAAUCUGCAACAACAAAGGCAUGCAGAUAGGAUAAGAAGAGCAAGAGAACAAAGAGCGGGCGGCGCCCAACCAUGUCCUCCGAGACGUGCGCAACCAUGUCCCCAACCACGCGCUCAGUCACGUGGUCAACCAUGUCCUCCACCUAGAGCUCCACCACCACAACGGUGUCCACAAACCGUUGCGAGAGGAUCUUCUUACAUGAAUCUACCUCAACAAGCACAUGCAGAUAGGAUAAGAAGAGCUAGGGAACAAAGAGCAUGCGGUCCAGCUCAACAGUAUCCUCCAAUGCGUUCGGCACCAUGUCCCCCAGCACGCGUGCAAUCACGUCCUCAGUGCCCACGACCAAGAGCUCCACCCCCUCAACGACAGUGUCCGUUACAUGGUGCAAGCGGAUCUUCUAUGAAUCUGGCUCAACAACAACAUGCGCAAAGGAUAAGAGGUGCAAGGGAAAAUAGAGGAUGCGCAUGGGGAUAGGAAUAUUGCAAACCUUAAAGGACUCAUAUGGACGGUAGAAGUUCUAAGAUUUGUUUUAAAUAGCAUUGGUAAGAGGAGCGCUACAAAGCUUAAGAAAUUUAUAUGGGUCGUCUGAUUCUGUAAUAAGGCAAUGUACUCUAUCUUAUAAGAACCGUGAUAUACAGAGACUAACAACAUAGGACAGUUCUUUUAAACACUAUUAGCUAUUAUGAGGCAUAGUAAAAACUAAAAAUUAUAAAAAAUAUGGGAUGGUGAAUUCUUGCUACAUGACAGAAAAAAAAAUUGUGUGAAAAUUGGAUGAUCAAAGUGAAUCAAAGUAAUGCUUAUACAAAAAAAACAAAGAGAAGAACUUAAUGGAUGUGAGAGUUCUGCGUUUUUUAAGUGGUGAUUAUUGCGAACAAAAAAUUAUAUGAAUUAUCGAUUUUUUAACAAUAAAAUGCAAAAUAUUGUAACACUCUUAAUGCCCAAUA